AUGGACAAGGCCAAGGAGCUGGAGUGCAAUUUUGGAUUGGUAGACGACAGCCAACCCAAGGAUGAUCCUGUGGAACGUGCACGCAAUCAAACCGAGGCGGAAAUAAAAAAGAAGUGCAAAUACUUCUAUGAGCUCGAGCCUAUUAUGGUUGACCAACCGGCUGCAAUCCCUCUGCAUAUCCAUGAGCAAGGUGACAAACGUGGCACCAACCUUGCUGCGGCCCUUAUUCUUACCAGACCUGAAGAAACGGAGAUGAUUCCUUUGAAUGGGGCGGACAAACUAGUUGAUGCUCGCGCGGAAACUCACUCCAAUGUGAAUUUGGACAACACUGAUAAUGCAGGCCUCACCUUAAGCCAGGUAAUCCCACAAAAACAACACAGUGCUUGA